CACACACCUGAGCCGGUACCCAAUCAAACCAGCACAAGUUCCUCCAACGCGCAAGAAAUCGAUGCUAAGCAGUCCAAAAGUGACUCAGAGACGGGAUAUGCUUCACUUGGAUCGGCAGAGCCCUCCAGCUCAUCAGAAGACGCCAAUGACUUCACGCAAGUAAAGCCCGUAAAGAAAAAGACUUCGCCCUCAAAGAGGCCAGAAAAUGUUUGUGACAAAUCUUUAGCUGGAGCAACCGCCAAUACCAUCCCCAGUUUCAGUCUUCCCCUGAGGUACACGUGCGGGAUGUGUUUCGCAAGCAACGCAAGCAAGGUUGUGGGGCAGCGAGGAGGGAGCGAUCCAGCCGUCUGCGCUAGUUCUGGUGCACAUGACUGGCUUCAGGAGAGGGCAGCCGUCUUGUUUUCCAAAAAGGAGGGUUGGCGCAAGGUGAAACCAAGACAUCCUAAACUGCGACGGGAAGUCUAUCCAAGAGUGUGUAAGCUUGGUGAUGCUUGCCCGCGUUCCGACUGCAUGUUCCCUCACAUUGAGGAAGAAGUUCACCUCUGGCACUACAUGGGCAAAUAUAACAUCAAAACUAUAGAUGGUGUCAUAUCUCAAAGGCAGGCAUCCCAAGGUGUAAACAAAAAACAUUCAACGUCAUCAAACAAUGAGCAACACGAACAACAAAAUCAGAGGUCAUCAACGGACAAUGGGAAAAAAUCCUCUGUCAGCUCUGCUGUCGCUAAAUCACAGACAAAGGCAGAAACUCCUCUGCAACUCCAACGGAGGGCCUCCACUCCUAACAUCACCGCAAAGCCUCUCAGUGCAGGGAAGGGCUCCAAGACUGCGUCCUCAGGUACUCUCCUUCCUGUUUCAAAGACUGCAACAAUUAAGCAAAGCCCGCAAUCUCAACCCAAAGGUAGAGCCUCAGCAAGCAAAAUGACCGAGACAGGUGGCACGAUGGAGGGUACUGAGAGAAGCCCUGAAGCUGCUCCCUCCUCGUCGCUCAUGCCGGCCACCUCUCCUGAAUCCAAAUCACCCCAUGGUAAAGAUUCAACUCCUGAUGCCAAGAAAACUCCUGUCCCAACCACUCCCAGUUUCCGUCAUCCCAUCAAGUACGUCUGUGGAAUAUGCUUCGAAAGGCACGGCAGAUCUGGAGUGGUAGAGCAGCGGACAUGCAAUGGUGUAAAAUCGAAGGUGUGUGCAAGUCAAGCGUCUCAUGCCUGGAAGCAGUUCAAGAUCGUGGCGAUGUUCUCUGAUACCAAAAAGAGAUGGUGUAAGGUCAGACCAAGACAUCAUAAACUGCGACCCACGGUCCAGCCUCAGUUGUGCACCCGGGGCGAGGCCUGUCCUAGGUCCGAUUGCAUGUUUCCUCACAUUAAGGAAGAAAUAGAACUCUGGGUUUACAUGGCGGAUCACAAAAUGAAAACAUUAGCUGAGGUCAUCUCAGCUGGGAAGGAAUCAACAGAGGAUACCAAAGUGCAGUCCGAUGUUUCCAAAGCAUCUCAUCCUGCCGCAUCUGCUCCAUCUGAAGAGCACUGUCAUCCCUGCUCCUACUGCAACAAAUCUUACCCUGCAUCUUGGCAGCUGGAGCAACACAUCCAGACCAAAGAGCACUGGUCAAAGGUCAACUCAGACGAAGACAAGAAGGACCAAUGGAAGCAGCGUGACCCGCCCUGGAAUGUUGUCAACGGCCAGUACCAAGAAUGCUUAGAGAAUAAAAGAGAUAGCUGCGUCUUUACUGACUGCACCAAAGCUCACAGCAAAGAAGAGCUCGAAGAAUGGAUGGAGAGACAUCGCUAUCGAAUGAUGAAAGUGAGGAAAGCCAAAGAGCGGAAGUUGUACGCCUUUAUGGACGAAGUCCUUGAAAAGUACAACUCCUCGACCAAGGGCAGGGAUGUGAUAGCAGAGGAAUUACCGGGAAUCCAUGUGAAAUGUUCUGAGGACCUAACACAAUAUCUUAUUGGGAAAGGAAAGGAUCAGGAUUCGGCUUACACCUGGACAUUCACCAUAAAGGUUUCUGAUACGAAAUCUCUGAAGCGUGUCUGCUUGUUCUACGACGAAAACAGACAUUAUUUCCGACUUUCUCGCCCGGCAAAUGAGAGUGAGGCCCAAGUGUGCCCCGGCAACCUCAUCGUGGAGCAAGAUGGAAGGACAUACCAAAUUGACGUCAUCUUUCGCUCCCAGAUCCUAGGCAGCUUUUCUCAGUGGGUCCUUUUCGAUCUGGGUUCUGAACCGUAUCUUGCCCGUAAGCUUAAGGUCCAAGUUGGUUUGUCAGUGCAGCACGAGAUAUUUGACGAGACGCAGGAGGAAGUAAAACCGGUAGUUGUCUGGAACAGCAGUAACUCAGAGAUUGUGCGAAUCGUAGAAGAGGACUACCAACUCUCCUUCAGUGAAGAGAAACUGCUCUCGAGCUAUCGGGUACCAGCCACGGUCGGAAUUGACGACCUCAAGGAGAUGAGUCGAGAGAACUACAGAGAGUUCAUGCAUAGAAUGCUGUAUUUGGAGGAGCUGGAAUGUAACAGAAAGAUUUCCAAGUUCAGCACAGACAGCACUCUUAAGUGUCUGGAUACAAUCUAUGUGGAAACCUCCACUGGAACAGUUACCAAGUUUUCAGUGGACGGCAGCAAGUACGGAAUAUUGGAUCUGAAGACAGUCUUGAUGGAUGACUCAGAGACAAGCCAAAUCAUCGAAAGAAGUGUCCGCAAGAUAAUGCUGCAGUUCGGUACAUCGGAAAAGAUUUACGAAGCAGCCAUACUCCUGGAUCAAGACGAGCUGGGAAGACACAAGCAAGAAACUCUGCACGUCAAACUCAGUCCAACUUGUGUCAGCGACCAAAAUCUCCAGAACGGCACCCCAUACCAGGUCAAGGUUCAACUCCAGUUGAACAGACUCCCGUUCUGCUACAUGCAUUCUGCUGUUGAUCGUCUGAAAAACAUGGACAUGGUUUUCCCGCCAAAAGAUAAGCCACAACAACUACCCACCCUUUCAAGCGAAAUGAAACACCUGAGUGAUCCUCAUCAGAAUCAGGCAUUGAGAUUCGUAUCAGACUAUGGUGGGCGCAGUUCUCGCCAAAUGACCGGGCUGGGACCGGUGCUGGUUUUGGGGCCGUUCGGUACGGGAAAGACGCACACCUUGGCUAUGGCCGUACAGCGUACCUUGCAGCUUCGACCGGAAAGCAAAAUUCUGAUCUGCACUCAAACAAACAGUGCUGCGGAUUUAUACAUCACUGAGCACCUUGACGCACUCGUUGAAAAGGGCAGCAUCGACAAGAUGGUUCGUGUCUGUGCAAAGUAUCGCAACAUCAGAACAAUUCCUGCAACGGUGAAACGUUAUGUUCCUAUCCAAAAUGGCGAGAUUCAGCCUCUGACUGCCGAUGAUAUCAAAGCGAGCACCGUUGUCAUCACAACACUGAUUACAUCGUUCUUGCUGGAAUCUUUGGAACUUUACGGGCACUUCACUCACAUCUUGAUCGACGAAGCAGGACAGGCAUUGGAAGCGGAAGUUCUACAGCCUCUGACCUUAGCAACAGAAAAGACUUGCGUAGUUCUCGCUGGAGAUCAUCUUCAGAUCAGUCCAAAGGUGUUUUCCCGAACAGCCCGUCAUGCUAAGUUCCACAUAUCCUUGCUGGAGCGUCUGUUCUACCAGAAGGUUGGCAGAGUGAUGCUGUCUCAAAACUAUCGCACAUGUCAAGAAAUGCUGGACUUCAUGUUUGGGGCGUUUUACUCCGGUACCCGUGUAAGCCAACAGAUGAAAGCGGUGGUCAGUCACGAGCCUCAUCCCAGAUCCAAGCAUCCCUUAGUUUUCUGCACUGUGAAAGGAGUAGACCAGAGGAUAGGAAUGUCGUACAUCAACCACUACGAGGUGACCCAAAUUGGGUUGAUUGUGAAGGACUUACACGACACUUGGCCGAAGGAUAAAUGGGGAGAGCUGAACAAGAACAGCGUUGGUAUUAUAACACCGUAUACGAUGCAGGUACGUCAAAUUCGCAAUGAGCUCCGCAAGCUCAGACUCGGAAACAUCACUGUCGACAGAAUACAUAAUGUACAAGGACAGCAAUAUCGUGUGCUUAUCAUCAGCCCAGUGAGAACACGCAGUACAAUCAACAAAGCUGACAUGACGUCAUAUUUGCCCACAAUUAGUCCGGCAAAUCACCCAGAUGAUGCGUUUGACUACGGAUUUUUGUCUGAUCCCCGACUCCUUAAUGCAGCGUGCACACGAGCACAAUCUCUACUGAUGGUUGUUGGUGACCCAUCCACAUUAUGCUCGGUGGGAGACUGCUCACAGAUAUGGCGAAGGUAUCUGAAAGAAUGUGAAAAAAAUGGCACACUAUUGGGAACCUCUGUUGCAGAAAUUCAGCAUGAAAUAGAAGCAGCGAAGAAACGUUUGAAUCCCUGUGCAGCUGAGUUCAAUCCAUGCGGUUCGUGGGUCGGCACGCCUACUCCACUCGUGAAUGAUACCACCCAAAAGCUAUCCCAAGUUUCAGAGGCUCCAGUUUUAACUGAGGUCGAUACGUGGCUGCAAGAGGACGACAGCACCAUCCCAGAUGGUAUCCUUCAUGAGCUCCACAGGCAGAUAACUGAAGAUCAGUGUAUGCUGGAGGAAACUGAUGCGACUCCUGAUAUGGAUGACGAAGGCUCCUGCGAUAGAAAGGCCCCUGCUAAAUCAAAACGCAAAGGACACAAGUACAGAAUGAUACAGAAAUCCGAUCGCAUCAUAUUGGCAUUUAACUGUGAAGACAAGCCUAAACGACAUGGUGAGCACAGAGACGAUGACUCCGACUUCGAAAAGGGCUUGAAGAACGACGAACACAAUGAAAGGGAACGGAAGAGGGCGUAUGAACAAGUUAAAGAACAGCCAGAAAAAUACAAGAUCUGUUCCUUCCAUUGUGAGGAGUCUGGACACACCUAUGCAGUCCCUCUCGACGAGGGCUCCUCUGGGAAGAUUUUAAUAACAAGUAAGAGAAGAAGAGGUAGAGCUCUGAACCAAGAUGAGGUUAUCGUAGAAAUAAUCGAUGACAGUGAUGUAUUGGGGCUCGCUGAGAGCGAAAACAAAAAGUGUUACGGAAAAGUCAUCUGCAUAUGUAAAAGAGCGGCUAGAUCUGCACUGAUGAUGGAUAUUGUUUGUAAGCUUGAUGAACAUAUGAACAAUUUGAUGGUUCCGCUUGACCGCACUCUCCCGAAAUUAUAUAUUUGGUCUCACAACCAAGAGAAGAGUGGAAAGAAGGGCAACAAAUAUGUGUCACCGGACUUUAGUACUGUAUCCGUUUACCAAUACGGAAAUAAUCCAAACGGUCCCAUGCCAUUUCUUGAAAACGUGAAAAUCUCCAGGAAGGAUCGGCAGCACACGCUGUUUCUCGUGCGCUACCAAAAGUGGCUUGCUGCCCUCCCUUACCCGAUUGGUGCAGUGACAGAGGUACUCCCACUCGGAGACAACAGAGAGAAUGGGCUUCGUAUCCUCAAGCUCAUGCACGGCGUGAGAGAUAAUUGGAAACCUGGUGUCAUUGAGGAGGUUGUCGAACAGUUCCCAGAUGACUGGCAAAUUCCUAAAGAGGAACUCCAGACACGGUAUGAUGCAAGAAAUCAGAUCGUCUUCACCAUCGAUCCCCCAGAAAGCCAGGACCUUGACGACGCUCUCAGCAUCGAAUCAAAGGAUGACAACUACGUAGUCGGCAUUCACAUCGCUGACGUAUCUUUCUUCGUCUCUAAAGACUCGCCAGUAGACAAGGAAGCGAAAAACAGGGCCACGUCCUUUUAUCCCCCCUUUGACAAUCCUGUCAACAUGUUUCCUGAAAGGAUCAGCAAUGAGGUGUGCAGUCUACUUCCGGAUCAAGACAGACUGACUGUUUCCGUUUUGGCUGUCAUGGAUAAGAAUGGUUCGAUAGUUGGUGAGACAAAGCUCACCCGAUCCGUAAUCCGUUCUCGGAGACGGCUGACGUACUAUGAUGCUGAGAAAAUUAUCGGUUCCAAUUCCAGUGACAGAGAAGGCCUUGAUACUCUCGAGGAAAAAAUCUGCACUCUCAGCAAACUAGCCAAUGCCAGACGAAGAAUUCGUUUGGGAGUUGGCUACUAUGCGUUUCCACACGACACUGAAAAAGAGGAGGCGCAAUGUCCCUUGGCACAUUCUUUGGUUGAAGAAAUGAUGUUGCUUGCUAAUCAGGCAGUGGCUAUCUUCCUUAUUGAGGUCUAUCCAGAUUGCAGUCCACUCAAAAGGCAACUCGCUCCAAGCGACGAAAAUGUCAACGAUUGGGUUGCUAAGCACGGUCAACACGUGGUUCAUAGUUUGGAGCUGCAAUCGAAGUCCCUACCAACGACUGAAUUAGAUAGCAACGAAGCUCCACGUCAGAUGAAAGUAUUGAAGGAAAAGUGGGAUGAAAUACGAACGGCAGUCACACAGGAUGCGGGCCAGGACCAAAUGGCAAGUAUCACCGACCUGAUUACCAGUGACGAGAAUCACCCACAGCUCGGUGCGGCAAAAGCGAACUACCUCCGUAUUCAAGAGCGCAGCGGCUACAUCAACAGUGGAGAUUAUCCGGGAAAAUCUCGACAUCACACGCUGAAAAUGGACCUCUACACCCACUUCACCUCGCCGAUACGACGGUACUUCGACCUUGUUGUGCAUCGCAUGCUGGUAGCUGCAAUAAAUGACGAGAAUGCUCGAGAUAGGUUACACCAAUCUGAGCGACCGUACUCUGACAGCGAAAUCGCAGAAUUAGCUCAUCAUUGCAACUACCAACACUUCAACUCCCGGGCUUUUGAAAAGAAGACCUUUGCACUGCAGUAUGCAUUGAGGCUCAGGGAAGCCCCUCUGCUGUUUAAGGUUUUUCUGACUGGAUUUUCAGAUGCUGGUUUGGAUUUGCUCUAUCCCUACAGAGCAUUCCUUCCAAUGAAAUGCCCUCUCAACCUCCUCAAACCGACCAGCAGGCCAGAAAUCAGCGAGAACGACAUCAGAAUGCAGCUGCAAUGGAAAGAACGAGUCUACGAGCUGCACCAUUCGGAAGCAGUGGCGAGACAGAUUCACGUUUCGUCGCACUCACAAGGAACGAUCUGCACCCUGGACUCGGAAACGAAUGUUCAAAUUUCUACCGAAAUCUGGCAGGAACUCCUGCAGGGGAUCCAAGCACAAAACCUGACUAUGAUUAGGCAAACUAUCAUGGACGCCGAAAAUGACCAAUUGCUCACACGAGACCAGAAGAAACGCGAGAAACGACGGAGGCGAAAAUGCAACAUCAUUGAAGAAGUAACCUGUGAGACAUCAGAUGCAAAAAAGCCUCUACCGUUUGUCAAUUUCAAGCGGGACUUUCAACGGGGUGACGUAGUGCAGGUGCAGCUUAAAGCCUCCAUACAAAAGGGUGUUUUGAUGCCCAGCCAUCAGCUGUUCUGUCUUACUCCAAAGCUGAACUUAUGCACUGAACACCGCGCCAAUGCCAUCGAGAGCUUCUCCAGUGUGGCGGCACACCGUCCUCCCGCCAGGAUUAAGAGUAUUCAAAAAUAUCAGGCUGUGUGGCUGCCAAUCCUUAAAAUGGUCUCAGCCUACGAUGCUGUUCUUAGCGAUGAAACAAGUGGACUCCACGGCGUAGACAUCGAGUGGAAAUGCUCUCAGGACGCAGACAAUCAGCCAGUCAAGUUUUGUGGGGUUUUCGAGGUCAAAAAAAUGUUCUGCCACAACCGCAACAUAAAAUUACGCAGUGGUGAUUUUAUCUGCAUCCGUUACAAGGACCUACCCUUGGAUCCCAACACGAAGCACAGUCUUCUUGAGUUUGGCAACACAUCCCCCUCCAGGGGAUCGUUCACAGUAGACAGAGAUAAAAACACAUUUGUCGCUCAUGCUGUUGUUUCCUCGGUUGAAGACGUUGACAUUUGGACCGACAGUUGGAAGUUGAUUGUCCACGUUCUGGUGAAUCAGCAUUCAGCACCAUUUCCUGACGCUUUGAUCGUGUCUAAGAAAGUGUCUAAGAAAAUAUCCACGGCAUCCACCAUUAGCUUUACGAAACGUCUGGAGUCAGCAGUGAUACGUUUGGACAAAGCAGAGCAACUGACCAAGGAUAUCUGUCUUCAUCAAAACCCGAAGGUCGACCAAUGUGAUACCGUGCUCAAGAGAAUGCUUGAUCUUGGUAGACGGAUGACGUCUUUUGAAAUCCCAAACUCGCCUUUCCCUCUGCCGAACAAACCGCAACAAGAUGCACUGAAACUCGCCCUGCAGCAGCAAUUCACCAUAAUCCAAGGUCCGCCAGGCACAGGCAAGACAAUCACUGGUGCUCAUCUCACGUAUUUCUUCACGGAGGUGAACAAGCAGCUUCCCAAUUCUGGACGGGGACCGCCACAGGUUCUCUACUGUGGGCCGUCCAAUAAGUCUGUCGACGUGGUUGCCCACUACCUGCUGAAACUGGGGAUAUCGGUCAUCCGAGUGUACAACCACUUGGUGGAACAGCAAGACUACCCACUGCCUGGCCAUGGCUAUGGAUCGAGUAAGAUCGGCCAUUCUCAAGAAGCCAAGAUGGACCCUGACCUCCGUCACAUCUCACUGCAUUACCUCAUUCGGCAAAAGGCAAACAGUUGCAGUGAGCUCAUCCGAGAGUACGACCGGAAAUUCCAGCAACCGCACUACAAGAUCGGCUUCCACGAACUGCACCAAUACAAGAAGUUAAUUCACGGAGCUGAGGCAGAAGAACUGCGAAAAUACAAGGUAGUCCUGUGUACAUGUAAUGAGGCAGGUAGUGGACGCGUUCAGAAUUACCUGAAUGUGAUCCAAUGCAUAGUGGAUGAGGCUGGGAUGUGCAGUGAACCAGAAACCCUGAUACCGCUGGUGGGGACCGCCAAAGAGGUUGAGGAACCUAACAGUACCCUGAAGAAGUUAAGACAUUCUCCACGCCAGGUUGUUCUAAUUGGGGACCAUAAACAGCUCAGACCCAUCAUCCAGGAAAGGACAGCGGUAGAGCUCGGUAUGGAGAUAUCUCUCCUCGAGAAGUACGGAGAGGAAGUUACAAUGCUGACCAUUCAAUAUCGCAUGCACGAGUCAAUCUGUGCCUUCCCCUCGGAGGCUUUUUACAAGGGCAAGCUAGUGACGGACGCCAGCGUUAAGAGACGGGAGCCGCGUCUCGCGGCAAUAUGGCCUGGCGGCAGGGAGAACCCGCUGGUGUUCUGCCAUCACGUUGGAGUUGAAGAAAUCCAAAGUGUACGGACAGAGGAAGGCAAUGAACAGUCGAAAGGAAACUCCCAUGAAGUCAAGCACGUGGUCCGCAUUGUGUCAGUGAUGGUGAACCGUCUGGGCGUGAAACCAGACAGCUUGGUUGUCCUUGCACAGUACCGCCUCCAAAAAGCGCUGAUCGAAGAGAAGCUGAAAGAAGCAAACCUGGAAAACGUUACAGUUAGCACAGUUAUUACAAGUCAAGGGAGAGAGUGGGACUUCGUCAUUCUGUCCACCGUUAGGUCACUGCCAAGGGUAGAGAUUGACGACAAACCCUCACCGUCUUGGAUGAAACGCAACCUGGGCUUCAUCUGCGAUGAGAAUCAAAUGAAUGUCGCUAUCACGCGACCCAGAAUGGGUUUAAUUAUCCUUGGAAACAGAUUUCUUUUGCGUGUUCACAAAACAUGGGAAAAGUUACUCAACCAUUACCACGAGAAGGGAGCUGUAGUUUUCGCCGAGAACUUCCUCAAAGGUUACCAGUAAAGACUAAGUCUUCGUAGAUCAGUGACAUGCAGACGAUUCCUUGUUUAUCGUGAAAAAGCAAGGGCUACGUGGCAAAAUAGAUCUGCAUCUACAUGGGGGCUGGAGCUGAAACCACCCUUGUCCAAAUGAGCUGAAAUAAUUUUCACAUAUUGAAAUAAAUAUUCCAUGCAUCUCGCUGACAUACCAAUCGCUUGUAUUUGUGUAUAAAGUAAUAUAACAGUUACCAAGUACUUUUUUGUUUUACUAACUAUUUUAAUGUUACUGAUGUCUGGUGUUGAAGGGGCCUUAAGAGCACGUUAAACUGGAUUAAUCAAAUUACUGUAAUAAUGUAGCUAACCUUGAUUCAACGGAUACUGCUUAUGUCCAUAAGUUGAUAAGCACAGCGUCUACUCUUUAUGUUGAAAUGUUUAACUAAAAUGAUGGUAAUAUGGGACAAAUAAUAAUGCUUUAGAAAAUUCAUCAAGCAUGAUCAGACAAGUAAGUAGGAAUUUUGAUAGCAUGAAAACAUCUCUGUAAGCACAUGUAUACAUAGAAUCCUGUAUGCUAGUAGUAGUUACAUCCUUAUAUUAUGUUUAUCUAGACGUCAGGGGGAGAUCAGAUAAAACUGAAAAAUCUACGAAAUAUACUAAUCAGAGGUUUUGAGGGUCCGUCAGAGGCAUGAGAUCUAUGGAAAAAAUACAAAUGCCUGUAGACACCUAUUACAAUACCCGCUUCUUGUGUUAUGUCAAUUGUUAUACCUGUACAUGUACAUAAAAACACUGUAAUGGUAAACUCGGGUUUUUCCAGAGUUUAAAACAAAAUGUUUUAAAGCUCUUGAAAUCAGGAAUAUCCUUAUCAAAAUUCUGAAAUCAGGACAAAUCCUGACAAGUUUCAGCGUUCAGAAGUAUAACUCUUUUUUUCCCCAACCUGCUUAGGAGCACAAAAUAAAGCUCUUAAAGAGAAUAGUGUUAUGACGCAAUAUAUGUGUAUGGAUAAAGUGUAUAAUAUAUUUCUGAAAGAAUUCAAUGAAUGUUUCUAAAUAAUGAAUUUUGGACGAAAUCCGUGUACGUAACACGUACACUACAUAAAACCCUGAUUUUGUUUUUCCUCGCCAGAAUCAGAUCUUACAGGAUAUAGCCUACAUAUUUUUUGGGGGGGUUAGGCCUAAUGAUUUUUUGGGCAAACAGUAGUUUAAGGAGGAAUGUUUGAAAUUUGAAUGAAGAAGUUAAAGCCUUGUCUGUCGGUGAAAUUUUGUAUGUUAACAGGGAACAUUCCGUCUCCAGAUCACAUUUUUUAUCAAACUUUGAUAUAUUUUUCAAGUGUAAUGGAAAAUAGUUUAUGUAACAGUAUGGGAAUAUGUCAUAUUCACAUUGUACCAGGUAAUCGGCACAUAUAAUCAAUUAAUAUAUUAAUUAAGUCAAAAGUAUAACAGUUCGUGACCACUUUUUUAACACUUGUAAAGGACCACAAUUUUUCAGGAACAAUUCACCGAGGAGAAUUGUAAAUCGAAUGCCUAAAUUCUUUCUAAAGAUAUCACAAUAUUUGUGCAUGUCACUUUUUAAGAGAGAGUGCGCAUUCCAUUGUGUAAUAUUCUGUUUACAGUGACAAUUAUCUGCGUUUGGCCAUCUUUAUCAGACCAUUUAACAGUAAAAGGGAUGGCAAAAAAAUAGUUUUUUAUCUACAAAUCCAGACCAGUUACCAACUUCUUAACCUUAAAAUGUCCUUAUCGGUUUGCCAUGGAAGUAUAGUUUGACAAUAAUAAACGACAGUGUUUAAAAACA